ACCACAAGAAAAAUAAAAUUAAAAGAAAAAGAAAUUUUUUUCUCUCUCUCCUCUUUCUCUCUCUAGAAAUGGUUGCCUUCACAGCGUUGAACUGCAAAAUCCCCACGGUUUCGCCGUCGUCUUCUCAUUCCAACUCCGAAAUUUCUUCUUCUUUCUCGCGUUUGCCGCUCCGUUUCCGGCGAGCGGCGUCGUAUCCAUCUCCGGCCGCCCGGCGGUGCGGCGUCUCCUGCACUUUGACCACGCAGCCGUCUCUGGCAAUGGAGGACAAGACCCAGACCCAGAGACCCGAUUCGUUCGGGCGAUUCGGCCGAUUUGGGGGGAAGUAUGUCCCCGAAACCCUUAUGCAUGCCCUCACCCAGCUCGAGGCUGCUUUCCAUUCGCUUGCUGGGGACCAGGAAUUUCAGAAAGAGCUAGAUGGGAUUUUGAGAGACUACGUGGGGAGAGAGAGCCCUCUAUACUUUGCAGAGAGGCUGACUGAGCACUAUAGGCGUCCCAAUGGUGAGGGGCCUCACAUUUUCCUGAAGAGAGAAGAUCUUAACCACACAGGGGCUCACAAAAUUAAUAAUGCUGUUGCCCAAGCCUUGCUUGCCAAGCGUUUGGGAAAGAAACGGAUCAUAGCUGAAACAGGCGCAGGUCAGCAUGGAGUUGCAACUGCAACUGUUUGUGCUAGGUUUGGACUAGAAUGUAUCAUCUACAUGGGCGCACAAGAUAUGGAAAGACAAGCUCUCAAUGUGUUCAGAAUGCGGCUUCUUGGGGCUGAGGUUAAGCCAGUUCAUUCUGGUACUGCCACACUGAAGGAUGCUACUUCAGAAGCUAUAAGGGACUGGGUGACUAAUGUUGAGACUACCCAUUACAUCUUAGGAUCUGUUGCUGGGCCCCAUCCAUAUCCCAUGAUGGUAAGAGAUUUUCAUGCUGUGAUUGGUAAAGAAACUAGAAAACAGGCCUUGGAGAAGUGGGGAGGGAAGCCAGAUGUUCUAGUAGCAUGUGUUGGUGGAGGUUCAAAUGCUAUGGGACUAUUCCAUGAGUUCGUUGGUGACAAAGAUGUUAGGUUGGUUGGUGUGGAGGCUGCAGGUUUUGGCUUGGAUAGUGGUAAGCAUGCAGCAACCCUAACCAAAGGGGAAAUUGGAGUUCUACAUGGAGCAAUGAGUUAUUUAUUACAGGAUGAUGAUGGCCAAAUAAUUGAACCUCAUUCGAUCAGUGCUGGUUUGGAUUACCCUGGGGUUGGACCAGAGCAUAGCUAUUUGAAAGAUCUAGGCCGAGCUGAGUAUUACAGUGUCACUGAUGAUGAAGCACUGGAAGCUUUCAAGAGGUUGUCACGAUUAGAGGGCAUAAUCCCAGCUCUGGAGACAUCUCAUGCUUUGGCUUAUCUCGAGAAGCUAUGCCCGACCCUCCCAGACGGGACGAAGGUCGUGCUUAACUGCAGUGGCAGAGGGGAUAAGGACGUUCACACAGCGAUCAAGUAUUUGCAAGUUUGAUAUCGCUCACUACUGCCAAUAUCAGCAAAACUAAAGCUCAUUCUCCCUUCUCACUUGGAAGCCUCGUCUGAAUUGAGUUGUUUUUCAAUGAGAUCCAAUCUGAGCUUGAAGGACAAUGAAGAUUGCAAACGAAACCGAAGUCCCCUGUUUUUUUUUUCUUUUUUUUUUCUCUUUUUUAAAGAUAAACUAUCGUGUUGUAUUUAUCCAAGUCAAGUCUGGGUUUUGAAAUAUAUUCUGGCAGGAAUGGUCUGAGAAGCCUUAUGAAGAUAGAUUUUGACCAUUUCUGGAUCUUCUUGUUAUUGGAUAUUUAAGCUCACAGGUUUUUAUAGAGAAAGUUAUAGGCA